GCAGUAACGCCAUUAGCACGCGACAGUAGCGAGAGUAUAAAAGAGCAGACGACACAUUAGGAAGGAAGAUCUAAGCAUGACAGGCGGAGAAGGAUUUAACGUGAUUGUAUGAAUAUAGCAUAUGUAUAUGGAGGUGAUAUUUUUGUGGUGACAUUGUGAACGCUUGAAGAAUAGAGUGACUGUGAUACGGGACCGAACCAAGAAUGGGGAACGCGUCAUCGAUUGAACCCUCCAAGACAGUUUAUCUUGACAUUAAUGGAAAAGAGGAGAAGAUCGUGUUCAGCCGACAUUGCAGUGCACGUGACAUCCAGGAACUCAUAGCACAGACAGCGGGAGUAACCAACAACGCUACAAUCACCAUCAAAGACAUAAAUGGAGCCCACAUUUCAGUGUCGUCAGCUAUGCCGUCCAAUACAGCAACGAGCUCGUACAAAGUAACGAUCAAAGAGCCGCAGGUUCAACAGAAUGGUGAAACAGAACUGUUCCAGACGGUUCUAGCUACGGUGGCGGAGCAACUCAACAGGGUCUUCCGGAUGGAGGAGCUGAAGACGGAGCUAAACCAGCGACUCAACGUCAUCGAGAAACGCAUGGAAAUAGUGGAGGGACUUAAAGCCGUGGAGAUUGAGAAGUGCAAGCGGGACAUCUCCGACAUCAAGGAUCAGAUUUGGAACGCACAGAAGAAGUAUGUUGACUUGAACAAAAUGAGCGAGGUGCCUCCGACAGACAAGAACUUGUCCAGAGCCAAAUCGCCUCCGAUGUAUGAGAAGUACACGCUUUCCCAAGAGACAGUGGAUUACCUGAAACAGCCGACCUUCGACAUGUGGCACUGGGAGCCUAACGAAAUGCUGAGUCUGCUGGAACAUAUGUACCACGAGCUGGGCCUGGUGAAGGAGUUCAGCAUUAACCCGAUUACUCUGAAGAGAUGGCUGCUGUGCGUACAAGAGAACUAUCGGAACAACCCCUUCCACAACUUCCGCCACUGCUUCUGCGUAUCUCAGAUGAUGUACGGGAUGAUACAGCUGUGCCGAUUGUGGGAUCACAUGGCCAGGGAAGAUCUGGGCAUCCUCCUCACCGCCGCAGUUUGCCACGAUUUAGACCACCCCGGAUACAACAACACAUAUCAAAUCAACGCCCGUACCGAAUUGGCCAUCAGAUACAAUGAUAUCUCCCCCCUUGAGAACCAUCACUGUGCCGUCGCCUUCCAGAUACUCUCCAACCCAGAGUGUAACAUCUUCGCUAAUGUGGACAAGGACACGUUUAAGAGGAUACGGGCGGGAAUCACGAUGCUCAUUCUGGCAACAGACAUGGCGCGACACGCAGAGAUAAUGGAGAGCUUCAAGGAGAAGCUGGCGCAAGGGUUCGACUACAAGCAGAAGGAUAACCUUGACACGCUAAAGAUGGUGCUCAUUAAGUGCUGUGAUAUAUCCAAUGAGGUCCGGCCUAUGGAGGUGUCGGAGCCCUGGGUGGACUGCCUUCUGGAGGAGUAUUUCAACCAGUCUGACCGAGAGAAGAUGGAGGGACUUCCGGUGGCGCCUUUCAUGGACCGGGAUAAGGUCACCAAACCAACUGCACAGAUCGGCUUCAUCAAGUUCGUCCUGAUUCCAAUGUUUGAAACGGUUUCCAAGUUGUUCAUCGCCAUCAAUGACGUCAUGGUGAUGCCCCUGAAGAACGCUAAGGACAGAUACGAGGCGAUGAAGUCUGCUGAGGAUGCUCAGAAGGAGUUUGUUGCAGAAGAGUUAGCAAAACCCGCACCUAAAACAACCCGUCAGACGUCCUCAUCUCUAGUCAGUCGAGCUCACCUGAACGUGCCUCUACGUCGUGUCACGUGACGUCUUGUCACCUUGCUCUGCCGUCAAGGACGUAUCAGCGGGACUUAGAAUCAGCAAGGAUGUAUUUGCGAACUGGUUUGCAGGGGAGGUUUGAUGCACGGUCGAACUAGCACUUCGAACUUCGAGACAACCAGAGAUAAUUAUGUAUUCAAGUCUGUAAUAAUUUCUGAAUAUUUUUUCCGUCUUUUUUAAAAUCCGGGGCGGUCGGGUAGCCUAUUGGUUAAAGCGUUUGCUCGUCACGCCGAAGACCCGGGUUCGAUUCCCGACAUGGGUACAGUGUGUGAAACCCAUUUCUGGUGUCCCCCGCCGUGAUAUUGCUGGAACAUUGCUGACAGAGGCGAAAAACCAUACUCAUUUCUAAAAUCCACUAUCCACAUUUGUUUUAUUUUUUUAUGACCCCCAUUCAUGUUUUCUUUAACACUUGACACACCGAAUCAUACAAAUCUCAAACGAACGUAAAACGAAAAAAACUAAUCAGGCAUCUUUAAAUUCAAUUGACUCAGGUCACCUCGAAGUGAGAUGUUUCGAAACAAAGGCGACGGCGGGAGUGAAAUGAACAAGCUCAAUUCCGAUGGAAGAUGGUCGACUGUAUAAAUAAAUAUUAAGCAUUUAUGGUCGGGUCGCGUGCUGUAAAGAGCCCCAUUUUAAAGCCAAACUUAACACUGGUACCAGUUCGCAAGUGCAUGUAACGACGUUGUAACUCAUUCCACGUCCACACCGACGUACCACAUAUCAUUAAUGCUGGACCCGGCGAUAUAUAUAUAUAUAUAUAUAUAUAUCCCGACCAUUUGGUAUACCUCAAGCUGGGUAUUUGGCUUGUUUUUGUUUUAAAUAUUUGUUCCUGAAGAUAUUUUGCCUUUAAUGUUGACCUCAAACAGUUACCAAAAGAAUUUUUUUUUUAUAAUUCCAGGUCCCCCUUUUAGACAUUUAACCGCCAGUCCUUAACCAAAUUGUGAAGUUAAAAGCUGUUUCGUGAAAUCUUAAGAUAUGAUUUUGGGAAGACGAUGACGGAAUAGAAUAUUGACCAUUUUUUAUGUCCAAGCCAUUGCCAAUUCUAGGCUGGCAAUCCCCAAAUCAACUAUUAUGCCCGGCAAAAGGAAGUAUACAAUAGUGAGAGAGUUUGUUUGUUUGUUUGCUUGUUUGUUGUUUACCGCCGUGGUCAGCAAUAUUCCAGCUAUAUAACGGCGGUCUGUAAAUAAUCGAGUCUGGACCAGACAAUCCACUGAUUGUCAUCA